CAACCGUCACCGCCUCCGUGCAACUGAGCUUGGAACGAUCGACCAUUACCGUUGGCGGUCAACCGUUCCUGGUAACGAACUAGAAUGCCAACUGUUUGAGGAACGAUCGAGAGUUCCACACGACGGUUGACCGUUCUGCAACUGGUCGUCUUCAACCUCGGUGACCUCAAGCUCUUCGGGCAACACCACUUCACUUUCCUCACAACAAAGAACAGAAUAGAAGAAAAAAUAUGAAGGAAUGAACUUCUCUUGGAAAAAGUUUCUCCCCUAAGCUCCCACAAUUCGCACACCAUAGCAUAGAAAACAUGACUGGAGGUAGCCACAGAAAACUCCCUUCUACGUCUUCCUCAACAUCCCGCCGCAAUUUCCGCCGGGGCUAUAAAAACAAUUUCCGAUCUUCCAAUUCCAAACCCUCUCCGAAAGCCGGAAUACCCAGUGCCCCUACUCCGUCUAGACCCCUUAACUUGUCCCCAAGAUCCGACGACGGCGUGCAUUCUGCUCUGCCCUCGCACCAUUUUCCCGACCCGCCUCCGGCUGCCCCUGCGUAUGGGUUUCAGAUGCUGGAACGCAGGAGGAUCGUCCUCGCGGAUGGUACUGUUAUGACCUACUUCGCUUUACCCCCAGAUUAUCACGACUUUUCACCUUUGGUACACAGGGAAAAUCGUGGUCCGCAUCUAGGGUUUGAUCGGCAGUUCCAGUUGAUUCCGGAUUUGCGCUCUAAGUUCCAGGGCAAUUCGCCUUUACAUAGCCGGGAUCAUGAUUAUAGGGAUUCACUGGGUUUGGAUGGGGGGAAUGCUAUGGUGCAAGGGCAUGAAAGUCCAAUGACAAGGAAGUUUUGGGAUGAUAACGGAGAAGCCGAUGAUGGUGGAUUGUAUAGGAAGAAAAGGCAGCAGCUUUUGCAGCCGGUGAAUGAAGAUCGUAGUUCGCCAGGCUUGAGUGGGUUGCGUACGGGCAGAGAACCGGAGGAAGUUGGAACUACUGAGGAGAAUGAACACCCUCUUAAGCACCACGAGGUUGAUCAAAAUGAUUUAAAGAGGGCAUUUUUUCAUUUCGCUAAGGCUGUAUAUGAAUGUGCGAAAUUGAAAAACCGUUAUUUGGCAAAUGGAAAGGAAGGGCAUGUCCGAUGUACUGUUUGUGACAGGGAUUCAAAAUACUAUUCUGAUACGCACAGCUUAAUUAUGCAUGCAUACCAUUCAGACAAUGCUGACUCCACAGUUGACCACUUAGGAUUUCACAAAGCCUUGUGUGUUCUGAUGGGCUGGAACUAUUUGAUUCCUCCAAGUGGCUCAAAGUCAUACCAGUUGUUUUCUGCCAAAGAAGCAUCUGCAAACGUGGAUGAUUUGAUCAUAUGGCCGCCACUAGUGUUAAUCCAAAACACAAUAACAGGAAAGCGUGGAGAUGGCACUGUUGAGGGUUUGGGGAACAAGUUUAUGGAUCAAUACCUUACAGAAAGAGGGUUUAAGGGUGGUAAAUCAAAAGCAGCAUUCAACAAAGGUGGCCAUCGAGGCAUGACCGUCGUAAAGUUUUCUAGCGACCGGUCCGGGUUGAAGGAGGCAAUGAGAUUGGCAGAGUAUUUCCAAAGUAGCAACCGCGGGCGAACCAAUUGGGCCCUUGUGCAACCCUUAACAUUAUCCCCAGAGGAAGAAGACCAUCCAAGCCUGGUUAAGGUUGACCCUGUGACACGCGAGAAAAAGAGGAUCUUCUAUGGGUAUAUGGCUAACGUUUCUGAUUUGGAUAAGAUUGAAUUGAUCUUGAGGAAGAGAGUAACUAUUGAGAGCAGAACUGAGGUGUUGCUGUCACAAUAAAACCGCGCUUCCCAGCUUCUCUUCAUAGGAGAGGGGAUGAUGGCCAUCUCAGUCUUCUCCAUCGUUUUGAGCAGUAAAAAUACACUCUCAAGCUACUUGUGGUUUGGGUAAGUGAAACUUUGGGCUUUAAGAUGUUGAUUAUGGUUGAUGGUUGCUAACUUGUAAUGCUUGUGUUAAUAGUUUCAAGAAUCCACUUGAUCUGGCACUCUUUUUUCAUCUUUAGUAGUGUAUUACCAUUCUUAAAAAAUACCGGAGUACCACCCAACUCAGUCGACACAGCUGACUGGUCUGUUG